CAUUUAGUCUGCGCUUGACAGGCAGGUGGACGGACAUCUCAGCGGACCAGAAACACCACAUUAGAAUGAAGAUACAGUAAUUGAUGCAGUUUAUGACGUCACCAACAUGUUAUCUCUGCUUGUUAUAUCUGACUAGUGUUUGAGUAGUGCAGUACUGGCAGCGGGUGGACCUGGUCCAGAAGUUUGUGUGUAUAUCUGGAAAAGAAGUAUUUGGUUUACAGCCAGUGACAGCCCCUUAACAACACAUGGCUCUUUCAUUCUCUCAUCUUGAAACGUCUGCGCACAAUGCCCAUGUUCUCCGGGAGCUAAAUGUCGGAGAUAUGGUGGAAUUUCCGCGAAAUGAGUUGUAUUCUCAUUGGGGAGUCUACUUAGGUGAUGGACAAAUUGUUCACAUUACGGGAACCGGCGUCGGAGGGUUAUUCCAAGUUUCCAGUAUUGGAUUUGGUGAACAGGCUUUUGUGAAGAUUGAGCAUUUCAGGAAUGUUGCUGAUGGUUGUAAGGCGAAAAUCAACAACACUCAAGACCAUAAUAAACGUCCUAGACCUUCUUCUGAAAUUGUGAAGGAAGCAAAUGCUAUGGUCGGGAAGGCAGAUUUCAAUGUGUUAUGGAACAACUGUGAACACUUUGCUUCCUAUCUGAGAUACGGCGAGGGAUCCUCUAACCAGGGAACUAUCGCAGCAGUGGUGAUAGGAGGCGCUGCUUUAGCUGUAGGUGGUUUCCUAGGCGGAGUAAUGGCGGGCGCUUUGUUUCUCAGCAUGAAGAGGAACAGAGACAAACAACAUAAAUGAAAUAUUUAUGAUUAUAAAUAUGUUUGAAGAUUGUUUUGUAAGACUUGUGACUUUCAAACUUUUGCUUAUUUGUACAAGUCAGUAAUUACUUUUUAAAUUUCGUGGUACAGACGUGAAACACAAGCUAGAAACACAGUGAACGCCAAACAUGCUACCACAAUUAUUAAACGUAUUGAAUCCGAAAGUGGAAUUUCUCUUUAUUUAACUUCCCGUACAUUUACAUGGAUUUAUUGGGAAAUUAUUUUUCUAACUCCGUAACAACCCCCUUCCUCAUGGUUUUGGCCACUCUAAAAGAGACCUCUGAUUUUACAUAAUAAUAAUUAUAUACUACAUUUGAUAUAGCGACCUAUUUAGCUAGAAUUAGCCACGCUUAAGCGAUUUACAGUACAAAGAUAUUCAAUUAAUACAACUGGCAUAUAUAUUAAUAAAUACAAUUUUGAGGAAUUCGCAGGAGCUGCCUUAUCAUUCGCUUACUAAUAGUUAUAUGCCACUUGGCUAAUAUCUCCCUAUGUGUGUAUGCUUGCGUGUGUGCUUGAGAUGAAUUGUGUUCUG